AUGAACAGUAGUCGCGAGAUCCCUUCUUGGAAUUCAAAACGAUCAGUGAUUCUCCUCAAGAUGGUAGAAUACACUCUUGUGACCACAUGUUUUGCAGCAAAGCUGUCCAUUAUCCCUGAAAACUGCCCGGCCUGUUUCAGCGCACCGAAAGAACGGAUGCGAAUCAAACGUAUUCUGGCCGAACAGGAAAUCCUCUUCNUCCUCUUCCCACAUUUGUUCUCCAACUUGUUAUCCGCCAUGAUGCCCCUGAUUGAAGAGGGUACCACACGCCCAGAGAAGAAAAAGGCUUGCCGUCAAGUAUGUGCAUUUCUCCGUGACAAGCUGAACCACAAACGUUGCUCUACAGGGGAUUCGUCUGCUCUCGAAACAGACAUCUCAGAAGAGCUGGAAAUCGAAAAACAGAAACAGCAUAAUACCGUUCAAACCACUGUGAUCCCGCGACCCCGCGGAAAAGCGUUUUGA